GGGGAAAAAAAUGAAACAAAGAAUAAAAGAAAAAAAAAGGAUUUCUUACAAUUUUUUCUUAAUUAACAAAACAAGACCUAAGUAUUGACUUUUUGAUUAAGGUUUGACUCGCUUAAGUAUAAAUACCUGAUACCCCUGCCCGCUCUUCUGAUUUCUCAAUUCUCUCUCCCUACUACACUCUCGUCUCGCCGCCACAAUUUAUCAAACACUUGGCGUGCAGUUCCGCCGCCGCAAUUAUCGGUCACCGGCGACGCGAUAUUAUCAAUCUGUACGCCGUAUGUUGGUUUACUUUACAGAGAAAAAGCGCUGCUGCCUCUUCCUGGAUAUAAAUUGAGCGUGAUUAAGGACUUACUUCUACUCUAUUCAUUGACAGAAUACUUGCAAAAUCGCGCGAAGAACAGUCGGAGGUAAUCUCUAAAUAAUUUUUUCAGAAUGAACUACGAAGCCAAGCUUAGAGAGCUCCUUCGGAACUUGGCAUCCGCCGAGCAAUCGUUGUUUAUCGAUGCCUCCAAAGGAUUUAUCAAGAUUCUCAAAUCCGAUUCAGCCCCUGAAGUUAUGCGUAUAUAUGUCUCAACAUCGUCGGAUUUGAUUGAAAUUUCCCAAGCUUGGGAAUCCCACAAAGACAAGCCUGGGUUUCCGCAUGUUCUGAAUUUAGUUGCCGCGAUUAUGAAGCAGCGUGGCGGUGCUGAUAUUUCUUCGACGUUGAAUAAGUUUGCAACAAUGCUUAUUAAGGAGAGGAUGUCGGAUUUGUAUAAGGAGUUGAACAGUAGAGAGGGCAAGCGGCAGAACACCGCCCUCUUGUUGCUGGCCUCUAUUGUGAGACGUAGUUUGCAUUUUGCUGGGGAAGUGGAGAAGGUUUUCGAUUACAAGCUUGCGGGUUUUACUAAUCUGGCCAAAGUUAGACUGAGGGUGAAGAAAGAAGUUGAGGAGAGAAGGAAAAGUCACUCCACAAGAAAAGCAUUUGUGGCUUUUGCAAUGUCGUUUUUGGAAGUUGGCAAUCCACGUUUGUUGAAGGUGAUGUUGAGUAUGAAACACAAGGAGAUGUUUUCAGGGGUUAUGAGGGGGCUGGGGAAUGACGAUGAAGAGACGGUGGUUCAUAUUCUGUCAACUUUACGUGAUAGGGUUCUUGUUCAAGAGUCACUCGUGCCACCAAGCCGUAGGAGUGUGUUAUUUGGUAGCCUUACUUUGGAGCAUUUGAUUAAUAUUUCAGGGAGGUUUGGUUUCGGUGCUGCACCGGAGUUGGCAUACAAUGUGUUGGUUAUGGUUUGCACUAACCCUGAAAACGGGUUGAUGCCCGAUUCGAAUAGGCCUGGGAAUUUGAAGCGUCUUGUGGAUUUAAUGAAAAAAUUGAAGGCGACAGAAAUUGAGUACCAUAAGAGCCUGCUUCUGGCCAUUGCAAAAGGACGCCCUUCUUUUGGUUCUGCUUAUUUGGAUGAGUUUCCUUACAGCCUUGAAGAUCUUGCAUCGGAUAAUUGGUUUGCUGCUAUUUCGUUGGCUGCAGAUGUGAUUUCCUCAGUUAGUGAGGGACUUUCGUUUGGCUUUGUUGAUAAAGAUAAACCACCUGCAUUCGACAGUCAGAAUCUGCAGAGUGUUCUAAAAUGCAUAAGACCACAACCCUUCACCAGAUUAGUUAUCAAUAAAGGGCUACUUCACAUUGAUUCUCUUGUGAAACAUGGAGCAUUGAAGUUUGUAGUGGAGGCACUGAAAUUGUUGGACUCUUUGAUUAAAGCCUUGGAAAAUUGUGCUCGUUCGAACAAUCAGACAAAGGAUAGCUGGCAAGCAUUGAAGGCGGAAAUUCAAAACGGAGCUCGUAUGUCACUUCCUGACCCCCAAGUUUUGUUGUCUUUACUUUCUCCUCUACAUAGCCACUUCAAGAGCUUCGAGUCUACUACGAAAAGGAAGGCUGAAGCAGAAAUUGAAUCAGAACACUCUGUGAAUGUUAGUAAGAGGUUGAAAAGUUCUGCAGCAAGUGAAGAUGUGGAUAUUCUUAUAAGUGGGGUUAAUUCCUCUGAGAUAGAUCUAUCCGGGGAUGGUGUGGUUACAGAAUCAGAUGGUGAGCAACAAUCGGAGGAGAAUGGAUCUGAUAUUGUGAGUUGUAUCAGAGAUCUGUGGGGUUUGCGUAAAUGCUCUACGACGCCUAAGGAUCUAAAAGAUGGCGAUACAUAUUUUUUCUCCAAGAUACUUGAAUCACUUGCAAUCUAUUAUCGGACUAUGCCUAUGGACAUGGAAGGAUUAUCUGAUGUGUUCAAAUUUCUACCAAAUAAUCCUCUAUCAUCACCAACAAUUCUGCAGCAGUCUCUAUUAGAACUGCUUAACGAACACGUCAGUCAGUUUUCUAAAGAUGCGACCACUAUCAGAACCCCCCCACAAAUGUACAAGCACCUCAAUCCAUUUAUUGUCUGGUUAUUGGGUUCGCCAGCUGGGCAGACUAAGGAACAAGCUUAUGCCUUAGCAAAGGCAGCCAUGUUAAGCACUGGUGCAUUCGAUAAUAACACGAGGGAAAUUUGUGCAUGGUUCUUUUUUAUACCUGGCCAUAGUGGAGAUCAUGUCUAUGUUGAAGAUACGGAAGCUGAAAUCUUCCAGAAGUUGUCUUCGGUUAUUGUUUCUUUUCUAUGUGAUGCUGUUUCCACGACUGGGAAUAACUUAUACAAGUAUAUGGAAUUAUUGAAGCGUUACAUCUAUGACUCAGGGGGUAAAGCAGAUCUAUCUCCUGAGGUGAGCCCUUUUAUAAUAUGUGUCUUGGAGAAGUGUAUACGAUUGCUGAGUUCCGAGUCUGGAUCAUUCACGAUACCGCAGAAGUCAUUGGUAUCAUUGUAUGUUUGCAACACAAUCAAAUAUCUAUUAGAUACACAGGUGAAUACUAGAACACUGUCGUUGCUAAUUGACCGUGCACUAUCGGAGAUGCUCGAUAAUUUUAGCAGCAAAACUGAUGUAUUGGAACUCGUUGAUUGUCCAUGCGAGUGGAGGCCACUGAAUAGUCUAUUGCGUUUUGCACGUGAUAUUUUGCAUAACCGUUUCUACAGUAUUUAUUCCAAUGUUGAGAAUGUUACAACAUCGAGUGAUUCUUUUAGCGAUACUCUUGGGAAUAUUAAAGGAGUUUUAAGGAGUGAGUAUCAGAGUGGACUUUUUGGAUUGACAGUGGGGUUUUCCUUCUCAUUGCUGUGCACAAGAUACACCGAGAUUUUGCAGAAUUUCCCAUUAGUCUUAUCCAUCUCAAGUGAACUACUCGAAGCCCCUUUCUCAGUUUUAUCAUCUAUGUUUUUCCUUCAAUCGAGUUUUCUCACUGAUGUUUCCAAAUUAUGGCCUGAAAUGCUCUUUGAUGCUCUGGGUAGUGUUACUUGUUGUAAAGAGAAGGAAGAUAAUUCGUGUAAAGGUGACCUUGAUUCGAAAAAAGCUGCUUCUGCUGCAUUUGCUCGGUAUUUAAGAAGCGCUCCAUUUUGUGUACUAUUUUCAGCCAUUGUACAAAGUAGCAGCUGCCAUUUAUUUGAGCAGUCGGCGCUCAAAAAGUUGCUUUUGGAUAAAGUGACUGCGGUUCCAUCUGAUCAUUUGGUUUCUUCGCUAUGCUAUGUAAUGUUCUGGAUGAAUCAUGCCAGCUCAUCCUACAGAAUCGGAUCUUCGGAUGAUCUCAAGAUGUCUUCCGAAACAUGUUUUAUUCUCGCCGAGUAUUUGGUGAAACAAUUAUUGGAUAAAAAUCUGAGCCAUAUACCAGUAAAUUGUGCUGCAGAAGUGGUAGAAUUCAUCCUUAAUCACCCUUCUGUGACAUCUUCACUGAGGUUUCCUCUGUCUGGUGAUAUAGAGUUUUCAGAUUCAAUAUUUGGGGAGUUUUUGGGAGAACUUCUUCAAUCUGCUAAACAAGCAGUUAAUAGAAUGGACCACCAUGUCUUGGAUUUGAUCAAAACAGUUGCUGAGUUUGUCUUUCCGAUGUGCAACGAUCAAUUAUCCGAGCAAGUUAUAAAUGGCAGAAAGCAAAUAUCAAGAGUGUUUGAAGCAAUGGAGCAGAAGCUGUUUCUGAUAUUUAAGACUAAGUUCGAUGCAUGCAUCAAAUCCAUGGAUUUCAAGCCUUUCGUCCCAACAUUUUACGCUUUGCACACUUUGAUCCGUUUUAUAUCUCCGUUUAAGCUGCUUGAAUUGGUAAACUGGUUGUUCUCUCGUAUUGAUUCCAAGAAUGCAACUGUCCAUCAAUCAUCAAAAAGAAAUGAUCUCUUUGUUGGUUUGCACUUAGCCAGUUGCACUUUCGAUAUUCUUUCAGCAUAUAUGGGGCAGCCAAAUCCAGAAAGUACACUAUAUAGUUAUUUGGGUGGAACCGAGACUCAGUUUGAUGUUUUGCUGUUUGAACGGAUUUUUUUUCAAGUAUUCGAGAUCUGCUGUCGUUUUAAACUAGACAUUGCUGAUAAAUGUCUGCUUAAAGCUGUCAAGGUUGUGAAAAUGCAUAAAUCAGUUCAAGAUCCAUAUCUUCCUUCCAUAAUGGUGUUAUCAAGAAUUGUUGCAAGCACUCCUAUAGAUAUAAUUUCUCAUUGCUUGCACAAAGUUGAUAGAACAAAGGCUGACUUGUUGUAUCUUAUUACUGGAACGAGCCCCCUACAUAUGUCUGCCUUUGGAUUUAGGUCGUUUUUCGAUGAAUUUCACCACCUUUCGGUGUACGGUCGUUUACUCUUUGGUGGUUUCUCUAAGUGGAAGAUCUUUGUCUCUAGUAGUAUUUUCGAGAUUAGACUUGAUAAACUCUUGACUGCAUCAAGAGAAGAAUUUUCAAAUCUUUUCUCAGACAGUCUUCUAGGAAAGGCAAUCCUUAUUGCACGAGAUCAUCUGGCAUCGAACGAAGAUAUAUCGAAGCUUGAUUGGAGGUUGAGUCUAUUUAAUCAAGUGUGCCCCUCUAAUGCAGAUGAUAUUUUUGACUGCUGUUGUGGUGAGACUGGACUUCGUUCGCUUAAACAGCCUUUAGAGUUUGUGAACAAAGUUGUUGCGUAUAUCAACUUUUGUAGGAUACUAUUAUUUUUCGACUGUAAUGGAAGUGAAUCUCCGCCUUUAGAGAAGUCAAGAAUCCAGUUUCUUAGAAUGUUGAUCAGUACCUGGAUGUUGAUUGUGAAGAAGUUUCCAGAAAAUAAUGCCUACUCGGGGAAUAUUGAUGGGGAGAAUCUUUCGUUGUUUAGGUUUUUGGAAUUCUUUGUAAUGCACAAUGUGUCGGAAUUGACUACAGAGAUUCAAAAUUGUCUUAUCAAAUUGGAUUCUCUUCCCUUCACAGAACAGCUCGUGAAAUCGUUUCUUCUCUAUAGGUUCGAAGAUUCCGUGACUCUGAAGAUGCUGCGAACUGUUCUAACUUCUUUAUCUCGUGGGAAAUUUUCAUGCAUUUCAGUAAUCCAGCUUUUGCUCGCUCAUUCGAAGUUUGCACAGUCCAUUCAUUCUGCUAACCAAUCGCUCGAUUCGACUCAGUUUGGGCUGGUUUUCACACCUAUGCGUAGCAUUAUGACAUCUCUCGUUAUUCCUUGUACUAAUCUAGAUUCCUUGUACUUCAAAAACAAGAAAUCAACAAGUGAGCCAGAUCUAAAUUUGCUGGAACUUAUUAAGCUUGUCAGAGUACUUUUUCAGAUCUACGUGCAGCAAAGAGAAGAAGCAAAUGUUGGAGAUGAGGAGGGUAUAAAUUGUAGAGAAUUGGUCUAUCUGCUUUUGUCUUCAUAUGGGGCGACGUGUAGUGAAGUUGAUAAGGAAAUAUAUAAUUUAAUGUUGGAAAUUGAGUCUAAUGAUAAGUCGAGUGCUGGGAUUGUUGCUCAAACGGAUUAUAUAUGGGGACCAUCUUCUCUAAAGAUGAGAAAAGAUUCUGUUGACUUGAAAAACACCGAAUCUUUUGAAGAACUUCAGAAGGUUAAAUUCAGAGAGAAUAUUCCGGUCGACCCUAACAUGUGUGCUCAAACUGUGCUUCAUUUUCCUUACAACGAAUUUGUCAAUGGAGGAACUAGUUCUACAGUUAUGACUGAGGCCUGUUCGACAACUGAUAAGCUACAGAUAUACGAUCCUAUUUUCAUCCUCCGUUUUUCGAUUCAUUGUAUCUCGAGGAACUAUAUCGAACCAAUUGAGUUUGCUAGUUUAGGCUUGCUUGCAAUUACGUUUGUCAGUAUGUCUUCAAAUGACGAGGUUACUAGGAAAUUGGGGUACGAAGCGCUUUCAAAAUUCAACAGUGCACUCGAGAAAUGUCAAAAGAAGAAGGAUGUGAAACGACUUGGUCUGUUGAUGACAUCUUUGCAAAAUGGAAUAGAAGGGCAAUGGCGAAGAAUUCCAUCCAUUAUUGCCAUAUUCUGCGCAGAGGCUUCUUUGGUACUGUUGGACGAAUCAUACGCCAAUCAUUCUUCCAUAUACGAGUAUUUCAAUAAGUCCCGUUGUGUUAACAUGAAGGAUAUUCCAUUAUUCUCGACUCUUUUCUGGAGUAGUUCCGAUAAGUUUAAAAUGGACCGGUUGUGGAUGCUUCGGUUGUUGUAUGUUGGGCUGAAUACUGAAGAUGAUGCUCAAAUAUAUCUCGGCAAUCACAUUUUUAAGACACUCAUGAGUUUUUAUUGCUCACCUCUUUCGGAUAAUGAUUCAAAGGAACUUAUUAUCCAGAUAGUGGAGAAGGCUUGCCAAUUUCAUAGAGCAGUUCGGGUUUUAGUCGAACACGGCGGUUUGAUUUUAUGGUUGUCAUCUAUUGUUUCGUCUCUGUAUUUGAUUAAAUGCCAAGAACAGAAAAGGGCUGCCUUCAUACAAUUGCCAAUGGUAUUUAAGGUUGUAAGUUAUAUAACAUCACCGAGAAAUAAUAUCGAGUGGCUGCCAAAACAUGCUAUGGAGCAGCUUUCAGAACUUUCAUCGAAUCUAUUCAAACUCCUAGUCAGUAGUUUCGACCUAAUCAAAGAAGAAAGCACCCUCUGCAACUCAAUACUCAAAACAUUGACUUUACUACUGAAGGUAUCACAAAAGAGGGAGAUUAGUCAACCGCAUUUUACAUUAUCAGAAGAUAGUUUAUUUCAGCUCUACAAAACCGUAGAAUCAUGCUCCAAAACAAAGUCUGAUCCUAGUACGUGUUUGGCACUCAAAGCUGUUUUCACAACACUCCUCCAGUCACUAUUCGGGCAGGAAAAUCUUUCGAAGUUUUUGAGAUGGGCAGUCGCAACUGCUAUCCAAUCAAAACCUGAAGACGAGUCAAUUGUAUCGAAGCUUUUGCGUUGGCUGAUUGCAUCAGUUAUACGUGGAAAAAUUUCUCGUAAAUUGAUCGAUAAUGAUAAUAAUAGUUUCUCCAAAAGAGAGAGCUUCCACAGUUUGCAGUCUUGGUUAAGUUCGAAAAACGAGAAAGUGUUUGAAGAAAAUGGAUGCGAUGACGUAUUGGCUGCCACUAUAUUUUACCUGCUACAAAUUCUGGGCUUUAACCAUAGUUUGCUUCCUUCGGCUGUUUCUGCACUUUGUCUUCUACUCGUUCCCAGUUCUUCAGAGUUGGAGUCUUUGAUCGGUGACGGGACUUCUUUGCUAUCACUAUGUACAAAGAUUCACUGCCCCGCCGAAGCAAAUCCUGCCUGGAGAUGGUUAUAUGACGAGAAGUGGGGAGAGGUAUCGAAUGAAAUUAGUGCGGCUGAGAAACUGGAUGAAAUUCAUGCCUGUGAAAGACUUGUGAUGGUGGCUUCUAAUAUUCUCAUGAAGAAAUCGGGAUUUUCUCACAUUUUCGAGCUUAAAGAUGUCGAAAACUUGAAUGUCUAUGACUGGGAAAGAAGUCUCAUUCAAAUCUGA